AAGCCGGACGUCCGGCCGUACCACUCGAGGCGAAUGCUGCUGAAAUAUUUUUUAAACAUAAACAAUCACCGUCAUCCAUUAUAUCAAAAUUAUGAAAACGAUUUUUUGAUGAUCGGCGUGUAUUUUUAUCAACAUAGAUGCUGUACAAAGAAACCUAAACUACGUGACCUACCUACACGUUACCCUGGAAACCAUUUGUUGACUUCGCUACAGGUGAGUCCUUAUGAAUAUGUAUGGCGCUCCAGUGGAUUUAUCCUUUAAAGCCAUCAGCAAUUUGGCAGAUGCACAGUCAGAAGAACCCAGCAGUGGUCUGCGGCCUUUAAAGAGAAAUUCAGAAGGGAAGUUCCAAAGUGGCUCCCUGCGCCUGAAUAACAACAACAUUACAAAUCUUUAUGACCUCCAGAAGACCAUCAGCCACUUUCUGGCUAAACCAUCUCAAGUCGCCUGGCUGGACCUUUCUUUUAACCAGAUCACAAACAUAGACAAAGUUUUGUGUGAGCUGCCUCAACUGCGGGUGUUGUAUCUUCACGGCAACCGCAUUUUCACAUUAUCGGAGGUGGACAAGCUGGGAGUUCUUUCACAUCUGCACACUAUUACUCUACAUGGAAAUGUCAUAGAAUCCAACAAGGCCUACAGGAAUCACGUCAUAUUUGCUCUGCCUGGAUUGAAGUCAAUGGAUUUCAGUGUUGUGACCCCGCAGGAGCGACUCUUGGCACAGAUUUCGCACCGCAGUAGCAACCCAGGCAGACGAAAUGUGACUGACUGACUGUAGGCUCCUUUAUGAUGCGUUCAAGUCACACCAGUUUCAUAUGACAGCACAUAAGAUUAAUUUUACAGUAAUCCCUCUUUUAUCGUGAUAAGUGUAUUUCCGCUAAGUAGGAUUCCUUAUUUGUAAAUAAAUGUUCGUAGUUAGAACAAAGUAAACCAGCUUGCGACCUUCCAAAUAUGUUUAACAUUAAUAGAGCCCUCUAGACAUAAAAUAACACCCCUAUCGUCACCUUUACACUCAUUUUAUCCCAUAUAGCACACACAAUGAGAGUAAAGUAGCCAUUUAAGACAGAUAAGAGUCGCGCUCAUGUGUGUUGCUAUAAAUGUGUUCCCGAGGAGAGCCGAAUGGCGUGCUGAGAGCAAGGGACAUUGGGGAUUCAGAGUUGAGUCUUAGCUUGGCGUGAGUUACUGCAGCAACAGUAGCCCGGGUUUUUAUUGGGGAUUAUUAUGCCCGUUAGAUCAUUCAAACCUGCAAUAAAAGGCGAUCAAGUCUGGUGUUUGUGACUCACCGAACAUUACAGUAACAUUACUGACACCUAGUAACCAGUGUACAAUACUAUUCACAGCAACUUUGAAUGCCUUAUAUGUAUUUUUUAUGUUGGAAGAUGCUUAAUUUAGGCAACAAAUGUGAAAAAUGUGCUUCAAUGUGUAUAUUUUUUGAAUAAUGAGCCAUAUUUAACCAUGAAAAUGCAUGAUUUAUUAAUAUAUUUUUGGAAAACCGUGAGCCUGAAACCGCAAAAUUUGAACCCCAAGUGGCGAGGGACGACUGUAUUACCAUUUUGUUUACUUUUAGAACAUUUACGAAUAAAUUUCAAAUGCAAUUGAAGUUUGAAAAGAUGAGAAGAAAAUAGACAUUGGGUUUUAAUAAUAAAUUGUAACCAAACAUAACAGCUGUUGGAAGUUUUUAAUGAAUUAACAGAAAAAAAAAAUCUUUUGGGUACUAGCCUAAGAUAUUACAAAUAUAUUUCAGGUAGUAUUACACAUCUCAAAAACAAAGCAAAACAAAACAAAACAGGAACAAAUGCUAAGAACCCAAAGCAGAAAGCUCAAAUGUGUGGCUAGAAUAAAUCACAGCCCUGCACAAGAUCCCUUUAGAGGUUUAAGAGCAUCAGUGCUGUGCUCCCUGCUCAUGCAUACAGUCUUCAUGCGCUCUCUGAAGAGCGACACUAUCUUUAAAAACACAAAAUAAAUAA